AUGGAGGUCGGGGCCUGGAGCGGCUUCUGCUUCACUGUUGUCGUCGCAGUGGUUGCCUGUCAGACCUCGAACGAAACUGUUGUGAACCUGACUUCUUCAAGUCACACGUCGAACAAUGCGAAAGAUAAUACUACAAUCGAUACUUUCGAGCAAAUCAAUUCAUCUUCAAGUCACGUAAUUGACAGUACUGUCAUUACUACCAUUAAUAUUAAACCCACUCCACGGUCUUCUACAGCACUGAAUCUCAGCACCAAAAACAAGAAUACUAUGCAGAGUGUUGAUCAUAAAGCUAACGAAACACCUAUUACAUUAGAAAAAGAUGCUGACAAGGCAUCAACUGUGAAAGGAAGCACUGCAGUAGAGAGAGAAAGUACAACUGUGACUAUGAUCGAUGCAGGUAAUGCCGAUGAAGAAGAACUUCCCGUAACACCCAAUGAUGAUCCAACAAAGAUAGAUGAAAUGACUGAAGAGUUGAUUCCUGUGAGUUUGGAUGAUGAAUCCGAGGCUUACUAUGAUUCUAACCUGGACAAAGGAAUGGAUGAUAGUAAUCCAGUGGAUUAUUAUGAUCAAAGCCAAAUGGAUGAGGAUGACGAGGAUGACAUGGACUCCAGCGAUAUAGAGGAAUCACUGGAGCUGCCCGAUACACCAAUAUCCAUUUCUGCACCAGAAGAAGACGACAGUCAUUUCUUUUUUUAUCUGGUUGUAGCUGCCUUUCUGGUUGCCAUCAUUUACAUCACCUACCACAACAAAAGAAAGAUUUACAUUCUCCUAGUCCAAAGUAAACGAUGGAAGGAUGGUCUUUGCUCGAGGGCAGUUGAAUAUCAGCGGUUGGACCAAAAUGUACAUGAUGCCAUGCCAUCACUUAAGAUUACAAAGGACUAUAUUUUCUAA